AGCAUGAGGAUGAGGAUGAGGAGGAGGAUUCUCUCUCCUCCACGGAGGGUGAUGAAGCGGAGACAUGAGGCUGGGGUCCGACGACAAACAUGUGCUGUCAGGAGAGCGUGAAGGAGCUUUUAAGGAUCUCACCUGUGGAUUUGUGUCCUCGAAAUGCACACUUUGAGCAAAAGCGUCGUCUUGCUCUUGUGUCUGCUGGCGAGCGGGCAAUGUCGCCAGAGAAGACACCGGCUGCCGAGGUGGAGCGGAGCUGUGGACGCGCAGAAACAUUCCACCUCCUUGUCAAAGAAGCCUCCAGAUGUGACCAAGUCCCGCAAAGUGAAGACAGAGCAUCUGAUCAAAGUAGAUGACCACGACUUCACCAUGAGGCCAGCAUUUGGAGGUCCUGCCAUUCCCGUUGGUGUUGAUGUUCAGGUGGAGAGCUUGGACAGCAUCUCUGAAGUUGAUAUGGAUUUUACCAUGACUCUGUACCUGAGACAUUAUUGGAAAGAUGAGCGCCUGUCAUUUACCGGCAGUUCCAACAAGAGCAUGACAUUUGACGGUCGCCUUGUAAAAAAGAUCUGGGUCCCGGACGUCUUCUUUGUCCACUCGAAGAGGUCCUUUAUCCACGACACCACCACAGACAACAUCAUGCUGCGCGUCUUUCCCGAUGGACACGUCCUUUACAGUCUCAGAGUGACGGUCACAGCAGCUUGUAACAUGGACUUCAGUCGCUUCCCUCUGGAUUCUCAGACUUGUUCACUGGAGUUAGAGAGCUACGCAUACACGGACGAAGACCUGAUGCUAUACUGGAAAAGUGGUGAUGAGUCACUGAGUACCGAUGAUCGCAUUUCCUUGUCACAGUUCCUCAUCCAGAAGUUUCACACCACAUCUCGCUUGGCCUUCUACAGCAGCACAGGCUGGUACAAUCGGCUGUACAUCAACUUCACACUGAGACGCCACAUCUUCUUCUUCCUGCUGCAGACCUAUUUUCCAGCCACUCUGAUGGUGAUGCUAUCAUGGGUGUCCUUCUGGAUCGACCGUCGGGCUGUGCCAGCCAGAGUUUCCUUGGGUAUCACUACAGUGCUAACCAUGUCCACCAUCAUCACUGGCGUCAAUGCGUCCAUGCCUCGGGUGUCCUACAUCAAGGCAGUGGACAUUUACCUCUGGGUCAGCUUCGUUUUUGUCUUCUUAUCUGUGUUGGAAUACGCUGCUGUCAACUACCUGUCCACCGUCCAGGACCGCCGGGAACGCAAAAGGAGAGAGCGGGCAAGAUCCCAGUCGCUGCCGUGCACGUGCGGGAUCUCCCAGACAAGAACCAUGGCCAUGUUGGACGGCACCUACAGCGAGGCGGACACCAACAGCCUUGCGGGAUACACGGAAGAGCCGCUGGAGGAGGAGGAGGAGGAGGAGGUUGCAGAGAAGGUAGAACACAUGGUGGUUCACCUGUCAGUCAGCAGUGAGUCCACAACCACCAAGAAGAAGAAGAGUCUCCGCCGUCUAAACAUCAUACAGAACACGCACGCAAUAGAUAAAUAUUCACGCAUGAUUUUUCCCGGUUCCUAUAUUUUCUUCAACCUGAUCUACUGGUCUGUCUACUGCUGAAACACUUUUUCAUAUUAGAUGACAACAACUUUUCUACUUCACUGUCUGCAAGUUUUAGUGCUAAGACUCACAACUUUCAGGUUUUUUUUUUUCACGCAGCAACGUCAACGUCCAUGAAGAGAAGAAGAAGAUUUUUUUUUUUGACAAUGAAAGACUUUCUAUUUACAUUCUUGUUGUGGUGGUCCUCCAUUUUUGUAACCACAUUGAAGGAAAUGCCAAAUAUCAAUUCAUGAAAAUAUAUAUACAGUAUGACUAAUGGUUGUUUAAUAAUUAUAUAUAUAUGACUGAUAGCUAUGUAUCUUAAAUAUAUUGUGACAAAUAGCUAUUAAUUAGAUAUGACUAAUAACUACUAAUUAUACAUGACAAUAACUAUUAAUUAUACAUGACGAUAGGUGUUUGUUAAUUAUAUAUAUAUAUGACUAAUACCUUAUUAUUGUUAUUUUCUGAAACUGAUAGUUAUUAAAUAUAUAUUUAUGACUAAUAGCUAUGUAUUCAUAUAUAUAUAUGACAUAAUUACUUAUUUAUUAUUAUGACUGAUACCUAUUAAUUGGAUAUAAUGUAUGACUGCUACUUAUUAUAUAUUUGACUGAUAACUAUUGAGUAUAUGCAGCUGAGAUAGGCUCCAGCACCCCCCGCGACCCAGAAGGGAAUAAGCGGUAGAAAAUGGAUGGAUGGAUGGAUGGAUAAUUAUUUAUUUAUUAUUAUGACUGAUACCUAUUAAUUGGAUAUACUGUAUGACUGCUACUUAUUAUAUAUUUGACUGAUAACUAUUGAUUAUAUGCAGCUGAGAUAGGCUCCAGCACCCCCGUGACCCCAAAAGGGACAAGCGGUAGAAAAUGGAUGGAUGGCUGGAACUAUUGAUUAUUUAUAUUACUGAUAACUAUUAAUUAUCUGUAUGACUGAUGGCUAUAAAUUAUAUGUAGAUGAUAGCUGUUUAUUUAUUAUGUUCAACUGAUAACUAUUAUAUACUGUAUGACUGAUAACUACUUAUUGAUUAUAAUAUGAGAAUAUCUAUUAUAUAUGACUGAUAGCUAAUUGUAUAUAUGAUUGAUAACUUCAUUAUUACUGUAUAUUAUAUAUGACUGACAGCUAUUUAACAAUUUUAAAUAUGAUUGAUACCUGUUUAUUUAUAUAUAACUGAUAACUAUUAAUUGCAUUUAGUGAUACCAAUGUAUCAUAAAUAUUAAUUUUAAUCAUACAUAUAUAUAUAAGAUU